GCUGGGUCUGGGGGAUGUCCUUGGCCUUCCCUCUGGGCCAGAGGCAAAUCCCCUGCCUGUCCUUCUUCCUUCCUGCUCCAGGCCCCGAGCUGAGGACGAAGAGCACGGAGGACAAAUCUCCCCAGCAGAGCCUGGUGGGAGAGGCCGUUUUGAAGGGCUCCCCGGCGCAGGAAGGCAGCGGGGAGGAAAAGGCCCGGAGAUGCCCCCAGAGGAGGGGCUGCAAAGCCAGCCCAGGGUGCUCUGAGGAGGAAAGACCCGUCCUGUGCCGGGAAGGCAGCCAGAGCUUGAGCCGGAGCUCGGAGCUGGUGGUCCCUGAGCAGCCUCCCAGCAGGGAGAAGCCCUUCAGGUGCUUGGAAUGUGGGAAGAGCUUCAGGAAGAGCAACCACCUCCUCAGCCACCAGCACAUCCACACUGGGGCACGGCCCUACACGUGCAGGGAAUGUGGGAAGAGCUUCAGGAACAGCUCCAACCUGCUCCAACACCAGCGCAUCCACACUGGGGAACGGCCCUACAAGUGUAGGGAGUGUGGGAAGAGCUUCAGUGACAGCUCCAGCCUCCGCAACCACCAGCUUAUCCACACUGGGGAAAGGCCCUACAGGUGCUUGGAAUGUGGGAAGAGGUUUCAGCGCAGCUCACAUCUCCUCGUGCAUGAGCGGACACACACAGGUGAGAGGCCCUUCCGCUGCACCGACUGCGGGAAGGGCUUCAGCCUGAACUCCACCCUCGUCACCCACCGGCGCAUCCACACCGGGGAGAGGCCCUACAAGUGUGGGGAAUGUGGGAAGAGCUUCACCCAGAGAGGUAACUUGACCAAACACCAACGGACCCACCAGUAAGGGAAGGCCCUACGAGUGCCUUGACUGCGGGAAGAGCUUUGGCCGCUGCUCCCACCCUGAAUGACCCCCCUGAUGGUGAGGCAACCCCUGGAGUCCAGUGACUGUCAGUCCAUCCCUUUAUUCCAGAAAGGACCAGUGCCCUUUCCCAGGGGCAGGUUGUGCCAACAGAUCCCUUCUUGGGGGGGGUGUCGAGAUUCCUGCCUUGGCUGGGACCCCCCAAGGUCACUGCUGGAGGUUGAGAGCAGAGAUCUCCCCACGAGCGUCGGUCUGAGGGAGUUCCGUCCAUCUCUAAUGAAUAAUUCUUGCUUUGCUGCCAGUUUGAGUAGAAUUGCUUCAACAAUUGCUUUAGUGUAGAACACUGUCCUAUCUUAUCCAGUACUACUGGUAGUUUUAGUGUUUCUAUUGUGCAGUAAAUAAUUCUGAUGA